AGCACCUGUGGCUCGGCAGGGCCAAGGAGCUGCAGUCCUUGACCAGCUGGAGGUUUGCUCCUAAGCCUCACUUGGCUCCAUCCAGAUCUGCCCCCCUGACCCUUCCCUGCCCACCAGCAUUCCCAUAGUCCCGGCAAGAGCCGUAGCCCACUUUGCCAAUAUGUCGAAGGUAGCCAAGUAUCGCCGGCAGGUGAGUGAAGACCCUGACAUCGACAGUCUGCUGUCCACCCUGUCCCCGGAGGAGAUGGAGGAGCUGGAGAAAGAGCUAGACGUGGUGGACCCAGAUGGGAGCAUUCCCGUGGGGCUGCGACAGAGGAACCUGACGGACAAACAGUCCACGGGCGCAUACAACCGGGAAGCCAUGCUCAACUUCUGUGAAAAGGAGACCAAGAAACUUAUUCAGAGGGAGAUGUCCAUGGAUGAAAGCAAGCAAGUGGAGACCAGAGCCGAUCCAAAGGAGGAGAAGGUGAUCAGGGGCAUCGACAAGGGCCGGGUCAGGGCUGUGGUGGACAAGAAGGAGGCAGGGAAGGAUGGGAGAGGAGAUGAGAAGACGGUGGCCGUCAGGAAGGAAGAGGAGAAGAGACGGAGUGACAGGAGUUCAGGCCUGAUCAAGGACAAGGACAAGAAGAGCGAGGAGGUGAAGGAGCUGGCCAAGAGAGGGGACAGUGAGAAGGUAAAGGGGGACAGCAGGAGCACAGAUGUGAGACGGGAGGACGAGAAGACAAAAAGAACCACUGGGGACACAGAUAGGAAAAAGGAGGAGGGGGGGGCAAAAAGAAGAACCGAGGACAGGGACACGAAAAAGGAGGUUGAGAAAGUCCAGAGGGAGGAGUCCCCAAGUGAGAAGGAGGCCCAGGAAGAGAGCAAGACCAAGACAGCCGAGAAACAGGCCGCUGGAGGCCCCAGCCCCAGCAAACCCUCGGAGGGGCCCCCCAGGGCGGAGGAGGAAGCGGCCCCCAGCAUCUUUGACGAGCCUCUGGAGAGAGUGAAGAACAACGACCCGGAGAUGACGGAAGUGAACGUCAACAACUCGGACUGCAUCACCAACGAGAUCCUGGUCAGGUUCACCGAGGCCCUGGAGUUCAACACCGUGGUCAAGGUGUUCGCCCUGGCCAACACGCGCGCGGACGACCACGUGGCCUUCGCCAUAGCCAUCAUGCUCAAGGCCAACAAGACCAUCACCAGCCUCAACCUGGACUCCAACCACAUCACGGGCAAGGGCAUCCUGGCCAUCUUCCGAGCUCUCCUCCAGAACAACACGCUGACCGAGCUGCGCUUCCACAACCAGCGGCACAUUUGCGGGGGCAAGACGGAGAUGGAGAUCGCCAAGCUGCUCAAGGAGAACACCACCCUGCUCAAGCUCGGCUACCAUUUUGAGCUUGCCGGGCCCCGAAUGACCGUCACCAACCUGCUCAGCCGCAACAUGGACAAGCAGCGACAAAAGCGGCUGCAGGAGCAAAGGCAGGCCCAGGAAGCCAGCGGAGAGAAGAAGGACCUGCUGGAGGUGCCCAAGGGAGGGGCCCUGGCCAAGGGCUCCCCCAAACCUUCACCCCAGCCAUCUCCCAAGCCUGCUCCAAAGAACUCCCCAAAGAAAGGGGGUGCUCCAGCUGCCCCUCCCCCUCCUCCCCCGCCCCUGGCUCCACCCCUUAUCAUGGAGAACCUGAAGAACUCCCUCUCCCCAGCCACUCAGAGGAAAAUGGGAGACAAAGUCCUCCCUGCCCAGGAGAAGAACUCACGUGACCAGCUCCUGGCCGCCAUCCGCUCCAGCAACCUUAAACAGCUGAAGAAGGUGGAAGUGCCCAAGCUGCUUCAGUAGGACCAGGCUGCCGGGCUCUGGUGCCAAGGCCAUGACGGCCCUGGCUCACAUCCAGGGCUGCACAGACCCUGCCCACACCACUCUGGCUGACCUUCUGUGGCUGUCCCUGUUCUGCCAUGGGAGAGCUCAAGGCCUGGGCCACACUCAAGGGAGGACGCUGCAUCUCCUCUCACCUUCCUUUUCUUGUCUCUGGGGCUCUCCAAAAAUUGCUUUGAUGCCUGGAGCUGAGGUUUCUGGACAAGAAGAGUUUUUUU